CGUGGAGACACAGCUCAAGCAGAAACUGUAAAACUCACUUUCCUGGACAUUUACCACACUAAUUACUACUCAUUCACUCAAAUUCUCUAUAAUUCUCCUAGAAACACAUAGACGCCUGUCUCACGGACCAGUGAUUUCUCUGAGCAGCUGUCACGUCUGACAUUCGUCAGGGCUUUGAUUGGCUGGAAAUGAGGCUGUGAGCAAGUCUUUGGUGGUUUCCAGGGGCGAUGGGUGCAAACACCAGUCAGGUGAGCGACCUAUCAGAGAGUCAGAGCAUCCGCAAUCUCAUUGGUCCAGGCGCCAUCUCUGAGAAUGACCCCUUCUGGAACCAGCUGAUCUCCUUCACCUUCACCAGCCCAACCAGCAGUGCUGAGGCUAAACUCUUGGAAGAAGCUGUUGUUCCUCUGGCUAAGACUCUCGUUCAGAACAACCCCAGGUCGGGUAACUUCGGGGCGUUGGUGAGAGUUUUUCUCAGCAGAACCAAAGAACUGAAGAUUUCCACAGAAUGCCAAGAUCAGUUGUUUAUCUGGCAGGCCCAUAAUGCUUUGUUCUUGGUGCGCUGUCUACUGAAAGUCUUCAUCAGAGAAAUAAACGAGGAAGAGCUGCACUUACAGUUCACCUACCAGGAGAGGGCACCAGGCACCUACGAGUCCAGCUGUGAAGAUCUUUUGGAGGAGCUGGUCUGUCAUUUGGUGCAUCUCAUCGUUGAAGUGCCACUUCUGGACAUCACCUACAACAUCCUGUUUGAAGCAGUGACCACCCUACUGGUGCUGUUGUCCUUUCAGCUCUUCCAUAAGGAGAUUCUGAGGGAGGGGCUUAUUUACAGCUACCUGACCAAAGGACGAUGUCUGUCUCUGACAAGUCGUCUGGUGAAGACUCUGCUGUAUAACUUCAUCAGACAGGAGAAAUGUCCCCCCGCUACACAUGUGUUCCAGACGCAGUCAGACGGCGGAGGACUUCUGUACGGACUCGCAUCAGGAGUUGCCAGUGGAUUAUGGAGCGUUUUCACGUUGGGCGGAGUCGGCGGCAGACCAGGGGCGGAGCAAGAGCAGAAUUCUCUCCCGCUGUCCAAUCAGAGUCUGUUAUUACUGUUGGUUCUGGCCAAUUUGACAGACGGACCGGACUGUCCAAACUCGUACCGCCAGGCUGUUACCUGCUUCAAAAACACGCAAGAUUCGUCAUCCAUCCCGUCUCCUCAGCCGCACACGUUUCAGAUCAACUUUAACAGUCUGUACACGGCACUGUGUGAACAGCAGAAAUCAGAUCAGGUGACGUUACUGCUGUACACACUCCUGCACCAGAACACCAACAUGAGGACAUACAUACUGUCCCGGACAGACACUGAGAACCUGGUUUUGCCGAUUCUGGAGAUCUUGUAUCAUGUAGAGGAGAGAAACUCUCAUCAUGUGUACAUGUCUCUCAUCAUCCUCCUCAUCCUCACAGAGGACGACGCAUUCAACCGCUCUAUACAUGAAGUGAUGUUGAAGAACAUCUCGUGGUACACCGAACGUGUUCUAACAGAGAUUUCUCUUGGCAGUCUGUUGAUCCUGGUUGUGAUUCGAACCAUCCAGUUUAACAUGACGAGGACCAGGGAUAAAUACCUGCACACAAACUGCCUGGCCGCCCUAGCCAACAUGUCGGCCCAGUUUCGCAACUUACAUCAGUAUGCCGCUCAGCGAAUUAUAAGCUUGUUUGCUCUGCUGUCAAAGAAGCACAAUAAGGUUUUGGAGCAAGCGACGCAGUCCUUGCGUGGGCCUCUGGGAGCAGACGAUUCGACCGUCCUGCCCGACUAUGCUCAGGAUCUUAAUGUGAUCGAGGAGGUGAUCAGAAUGAUGCUGGAGAUCAUGAACUCAUGUUUGAGUAACUCGCUCCAUCACAACCCAAACCUGCUGUACGCUCUGCUGUAUAAACGAGAGCUCUUCGAGCAGUUCCGAUCACACCCCUCAUUCCAGGACAUCAUGCAGAACCUCGACACGGUGAUCGGCUUCUUCAGUCAGAGAUUAGAGCAGGCAGGAAGUGACCUAUCAGUGGAGAGAGUUCAAGAGGUGAUCAUGAAAGGUGCUGUGGCCCUCCCGAAAGAUCGCCUUAAGAAAUUCCCAGAGCUGAAGUUUAAAUACGUUGAGGAAGAGCAGCCGGAGGAUUUCUUCGUCCCGUACGUCUGGUCUCUGGUCUUCAACUCUGGAGUCGGACUUUACUGGAACUCUCAGGGCAUCGAGCUGUUCAGCAUGGACUCGUCGUAGAUUCAGUUUGUCCCAUGUGUAAGGACCGAGGACGAAUCACCAUGAAUUGUCUUCAGGUGUCUUGAGUGUGUGUUUGAGCGUGUGCGGGUGUGUAUAUGUAAACGUGGACGUUUUUUCUUUUCUUUCUUUUUUCGGGUUGGAUGCUGAAGCGCCUCCGUCAUCAAUCGUUUCCGUACCUCAUGCAUCGUCGACAUACGAGACCCCCGGGCUUCCGCUCUCAAAGGGCACGUUGAGAAACCGCCUGUGCUCCGCUAACAUACACAGACGCACGGCCGCCCCAACGGCUGCACUGAAUUCUAGGAAUGGUUACAAAUUGGGGUUUUGUUCACGGCUUUAAUGUAGCUUAAAACGCUUGUGUUGAUGAUGUUUUUUUGUUUGUUUGUGUUUGUUUUUGGAGAUGAGGUCAUGGGGCACUUUUGAGGUCAAUGUAAAACCAAAACAGCUCUUUCCAGUCAUUUAUAGACUGAUGGUUAACAUGAAUCAUUUUUGUUUAUAAUACUUUUUCGUUUGAAGACUGACUAUUAAUGAGCUAUUUAUUUUGCACAACUUAAUCAUACAUCAGUCAGCUAUAUAGUGAUACAGUAUGUUAUAUAUGCAUAUUUUGGGGGGUUGUUUUAUAGGACGCUUUGCCAUUUUAAAUUAAUUUAUUUAUUGCCACUAUAUUUUGUUCUUUGUUCCUAAUUACCACCCUUAUGUAAUCUUCAUAUGAGCGUGAAAAACCAAAUUAUAUACAUUUCUUUCCUUGCGUUUGCUGUUCAGUUGUGGGGAAAAUAUUCAAAUAGGUGGUUUUCUAAUUAUAUUAAUAAUAAGACAUAUUUAGGUACUUAAUCAAAUAAGCAGCUUUGAUAUGUAAAUUCAGCCUAGUGUAUAAUUGGGAAAAUUGCAUGAUAUUAUUCUAUAGUCAAAAACACAGUUUAUUCCCUUAGAAGCCACAUUAAUAAUCAUUUUUAGGUACAGCAAUGAAAGUGAUACCUGUGUGAAGACUCGUUGCAUAUAUCAUUUAUAGUGUAUAGAGUAGAUACGACUGAUUAUUGAAGGCCCUUGUUACUCAAUAUCUUGUUUAUGUCCUUGUUACACGGCACAGACGUUUGUCUUUCCGUUUGUUUAUUUUUAUGUGAAUUAAAUCUCCACGGCAACAGGAAUUGUUGCGUUGGAGUGAUGUUUUUGUUUACACUGUACAAUAAGGUUGCAUUUGUUUACGUAAGUUAAUGCAUAAGCAAUCAUGAACUAAUGUUUUUUUACAGUGUUUGUGAAUCUUGGUUGAUUUGUUAAUUUACAACUAAUAAUUUAAUACAAUUAAAUAUAAUCAAAAUUAGAACUGUUUAUUAAAAUGUAAAUUGUUCGAUCGUAAUGCAUUAGCUAAUUUGAACAUGCAUUCAUUAAAAAAAUUAAAUAAAAAUAAGUAUAUGUUGAAAUUAUCAUUAACCAAGAUGAAUAAAUCCCAGUGAAAGUAUUUUUCAUCUCCACUAAAGUGCUUACGAAUACAACCUUGUUGAGACAUUUUGCCGUUUUUGUAAUUUCAUAUUUAAUAUUGUUGUAUUCGUUCAGUUAUUAGAUUCUUGAACAUAAACAGAAGCAUAUUUAUGUAAUAACAAUAAGAAAUACUAUAUGAAAAACACAAGUUUAGGUUGGUGAAUAUGAAUUGGUGAAUGUUUUCUCAUGGUUGCAUUGAUAGAAAUAAUGAAAAGCGAUCUGGCGCCGGAUUCACAAAAAUCUACUCGAGAUAAAGUUCUUUGGAUUAGUUCAAAUAAUAUACACCUUACGUUAGAAAAUAAGAUGGAAAUAGUUUUAUGAAUCCAGCCUCGGGACUUCAGGAUGUGUUUCAGAUCGAGCAGUAAUUCCACACUUGAUGUGAAGAUGCGUCACUAUAUCUACAUGAAAUGAACAUUUGAAUGUGAUUUACAGCUGGUGUGGAUUUGAACGGAUCUGAAUCUGUUGGUUUGAGGAGAUCUUUAUUUUAACUCGCUACAGUGUGAACCACCACCACCAAUAAAAACACAAAAUCCCAGCCACAAUUUUGGACAUUCUUGUGAUUCUUUAAUACUAAAAAUAAAUCUGUAUC